CACUUUCCAAUAAAUAAAUUUAAAAAAAAAAACACAGAGCUUUGUUUGUAUUUUUAUGGGUUAAUUUCUAAACCAAAAGUCUUCUCUUUCACACCCUUUCAGCCAUGGAACCACAAAAUCUAGGGCUUCUCACUUCACCCAACAAGGUCUGUUCUUUUUAUUUUCUUUGAUUUUGUUUAGCUAUUAAUGGGUGUCUAAAUUUUUCAUCUUUUUUUGUUGGGAAGAUCUAUUACUAAACUGGGUUUAGUGGGUACUUUUUUUUUUUAGAGUUUUAGUGAUCUGUUUUGUCUGGGUAUUUUAGGGUAGUUGAUUUAGAGUUUUUAUUUGUAGUUUUUGGGGUUAUUUAUUAUUAGCCAUGGAGGAGGUUGAAGAAGCUAACAGAACAGCUGUGGAGAGUUGUCAUAGAGUGUUGAGUUUGUUGUCUAAACCUCAAGAUCAAGUUCAGUUUAGGAAUUUAAUGGUGGAGACUGGUGAAGCUGUGUUUAAGUUCAAGAGAGUUAUUUCUUUGUUAAAUUCAGGUUUAGGUCAUGCUAGAGUUAGGAAAUUGAAGAAAUUGCCAAACCCGGUUUCUCAAAGUAUCCUGUUAGAUAAUCCAUUUCAUAGAACAGAAACAGAAACAGAAACUGAAUACCCUCUCAAGAGUUAUAAGUUUCUCCAUGAUAACCGGCCGACUGAUUCGGGUUCAAAUUCGAAGAAUUCGCUUACUUUGGAGCUUAGUUCGAACGGUAAAGAGCCUAUUCGUCUUGCUCAACAAACGCCGUCGGCUGCGCAUUAUCAUUUCCUUCAACAGAAACAGCUGCAACAUCGGUUGCAGCUUCAACAGCAGCAGCAGCUCCAGCAACAGCAGCAGCAGCAAAUGAAACAGCAAGCUGAGAUGAUGUUUAGAAGGAGUAAUAGUGGAAUUAACUUGAACUUUGAUAGCUCUAGUUGUACGCCUACGAUGUCAUCUACGAGAUCUUUCAUAUCUUCGUUGAGUAUUGAUGGGAGUGUGGCUAAUGUGGACGGGAGUGCGUUCCAUUUGAUUGGUGGACCUCGUGGCUCUGAUCAGAGUUCACAGCAACACAAGAGGAAGUGCUCUAGUCGGGGAGACGAUGGGAGCACGAAAUGUGGAAGUAGCGGUAGAUGUCAUUGCUCGAAGAAGAGGAAACAUAGAGUGAAAAGGUCGAUCAAGGUUCCUGCUAUCAGCAAUAAGCUUGCUGAUAUCCCUCCUGAUGAUUACUCAUGGAGGAAGUACGGGCAGAAACCAAUUAAGGGUUCUCCUCAUCCUAGGGGAUAUUAUAAAUGUAGUAGCAUGAGGGGUUGUCCUGCAAGGAAGCACGUUGAAAGGUGCUUGGAAGAACCAUCGAUGCUCAUCGUGACUUAUGAAGGUGAACAUAACCACCCAAGGAUACCAACACAAUCGACAAACACAUAAUUUUCAUGUGAUGAUUUCUAGCCUCUUACUGUUCCAUUAAUCUAAACUUAAUUAUGAAUGGCUUCUGUACAUAUUUUCAAUCGUUGCCUAGGUGUAUUUCGGGUUUUUUUUUUGUUUUUUGCUCAAAGAGUUGGCUUUUGGAAGCCCUCGUAGCAAUUAGGCGGGCGAGCUUAACGUCGAAGCACCAUUCAAAACAAAAGUGUAUAAUUGGGGCUUUAAAGUGCAGGAACUUUGUUUCAUUGUUCAUGGCAAUCAAUGCUUGAAGCAAUUCUUGGA